AACGCCGCUCCCGUGGCUCCAAAAGACAACUUGCGGCGAAAGUCGGCGUCCGAGUAACAGUACCAAUGAAGCUGCCAGUCGUGCUGUGUGUGCUCGCGCUGGCCCCGGCCGCGCUGCCGGCCAAGUACAUGCCAAAAUGGAAAAAACAGGCUUGCGAGCUACCAGCCGUGCAAAGUGAGCACAGUCACUACGUGUGCGACGAGAAGGGCGAACCGAAAUGCCUGCCCGGGUGGCAGGGCGACCUGUGUGACGUGCCCAUUUGCAAGAAAGGAUGCGAUCCUUUGCAAGGUUACUGCAAGCGUCCAGGGGAGUGCCGGUGCAAGCUGGGCUUCUACGGCGAGCGAUGCAACAAAUGCAUCCCCCUCCCCGGCUGCCAACACGGCUCUUGCAAUGUGUCCUUCGAGUGUGUGUGCAAGGAGGGGUGGGACGGCCUCUUUUGUUCUGAACCGAUCUGCCGCUCCGACUGCCACCAGACGCGCGGUUUCUGUGAGUCACCCGGCGAGUGCCGCUGUCGACUGGGCUGGUCCGGGCCCACCUGCCGCGCCUGCCAGCCGCUACCCGGCUGUCAGCACGGGUACUGUGACAAACCGCUGGAGUGCAAGUGCCUGCCUGGGUACACCGGCCUGCUGUGUCAAACACCGAUCUGCUCAACGGGCUGCCACAGCGAGCGGGGCUACUGUCGUCGUCCCGGCGAGUGCCGCUGCAAAGUGGGCUGGACUGGGCCCACCUGCUCCCAAUGUCACCCGUAUCCUGGCUGCGUGCAUGGUACCUGCAGCAGGCCUUGGGAGUGUGCCUGCGAGCCUGGCUGGGGAGGCAUGCUGUGUGAUGAAGAGCUGAAUUACUGCGAGAAGAAUCCAGACACCUGCAAGAACGGCGGCAAAUGCCAGUCCCUCGAGUCCGGAGAUGGUUACUUCCGCUGUUCCUGCCCCGCCGGCAUCAGCGGGCGGAACUGCGAGAACCUGCCCGACAGCAUGACUACCACUGAGGCUAGUAACUCUACGGAGGUUGUGACUACUGAGGUCACUACGGAGGCAGUGAAGGAGCCUAGUGAGGAAAAUGAGACUGAGUAGUCAUCUCACCGGGUCUAGCUAAAAGUAAAAUCGUUGAUACUCCGUGGCGAAUGAUAUUCUGAAUAUUAAUAUAUUUACUGCAUCCGCUAUAGCCAACGCCAAUAAAAGCAUUGGUCGUCCUAUGUUACGGCAUAAUGACUGCGCCAAACGCGACAUGCGCGCUUUCAACAUUCCAGUGCAUAAAUGGGAGGAACUUGCAGAGGACAGGGAAAAAUGGCGCAAACUGGUGUUUGACGGGCGUAAAAUCCACGAUGAGGCGUGGUUUAUGACACUCGCAAUCAAGCGAGCCAAGCGUCACCAGCCGGACACCUGUUCGCCACGGAGACAUUACCCUUGCAUGGCUUGUGGUCGCGUUUGCCGCUCCCGUAUUGGCUUACACAGCCAUGAAAAACACUGCCGUUCUACUGCUUGACAAGACACUGUUUUAAUAGUCUGCAUUAGACCUACACUGAGAGAAAUUUGCAUUGUGAAUUUAACAAGUUCGACUUGUUGCGGUUUAUCCGUUUGAAUCAGCCAAACGUAUGUUUAAAACAAUAUGUGUCAGGUUGUUUUUAUAAAAU